AUGUCCGGCCAAAUGCAGCCAGCACAACUACACCGACGCACCUCUCGUGGUUCGGCCAGCCAAUCAGGAUGCCGUUCGUCACGCAUUGAAAAGACAAAGAGCCACCACAGCAGCCCAAAGGCCAUGGAGAGGCGCAAGACUACUUCCGAGACCAAGCUAUAUGCUACCCUCGACGACCACUACCGAAUGAUGUUUGGCGUAGAGGCAGAAGAGGAGGAGCGUCCCCAAUCAACCCGACCCGUGAGCUGGCAUCCCGCGUCAUCACAGAUGCAGACUGCACAACAAACAAACUACUUUGACCCCAUGCCAAGUCAAGACUGGCAGCAAAACUACUCACCAUCACGAGACUCGUGCCAUGGUUCCGACUACUACUCGCUCUCUGCCCGCAACUCGAUGCUCGAGCCCCGGACUAGUGCUCCCUCAGAGUACGGCUGGCAAAGCAUGCCUCAACACACUCCCGGCUAUGUCGACUCUUGUGUCAACACACCCACCUCGGAGCCUCUUCCAUGGUACCUGCAGCAAUGGGCACAGAAGAACCAGGCACACAACACUGCCUCUGCCCAGCAGCAAGACCAGGACAUGGACGACGAAGAGGAAGGCGAAAAGCUUGUAGCUCUUGGCCUAUACGAUGCUCCGGAGCCAUCACUCAGCUGGGGUGCGCUCACGGAGGGUACCGGAAAAGGGCUUAAGCUCGAGGAGACUUGGCAACCACCCGAGGAGGACGAGGAUGACCAAGACGAUGACGAUGACGCAAGCUCAGAGGGCAGUGUCGAGGAGCCAUCGCCCCCCCUGCCGCCUGUCCAUGUCAAGUCUCAAACACCCAACAGCCUGGAAGGCCAGAGCUUCUUCUUCGACGACGACGAGACCGUAACCAAGGAGUGGUGGUUUCAACAAGUCAAACAACCCUCUAUGCCAGUGCGGGACGCUGGACUAGGAUAUGGGUGGUUGUGA